GUGUAAGAGGGACUGCCCAGUAUGGGCCAAUACACCCGCUGCAGUUUCCUCUAAUCUUAUGUUCUUAUGUUCAAAGACCACAGCAUUGUUCCUUUAAAUAGAGACUGUCCACAUUGCGGGAAUCCCUGUGCUUUCAGACCGGAAAGACAUUUAUUCAUCACUUCCUCAACGCCGUGGCUCGACGUUUCCCGCCAUCACAAUAAAUCACUCCGCCGCCCAGGCUGCAUAAGCGCUGUUGCGUCCACGUGAUCUCACGUCCAGAAAAAGCCUCAAAUUACACCAUAUCUUUGAACUUUUGUACAAUUGGCAGAUGGGUUAGUAGAGUUAGCCAUCAGCCAGCUCGACAAAAGUUUCAGCGAACCAUGGCGAGUGCUGGGGAGGGUGCCUCAAGUGCCAGCAGUGAUGAACAAAACCGAUUGGCCUCAGAAAAAUCUCCCUAUCUUUUACAACAUGCAAGUAAUCCUGUACACUGGUAUCCGUGGGGAGACGAGGCGUUCAGUGCAGCACGACGGGAGAAUAAACUCAUCUUCCUGAGCGUUGGCUACUCCACCUGUCAUUGGUGUCAUGUCAUGGAGAGGGAAAGUUUUGAGAAUCCUGAUAUAGCAAAGAUAAUGAAUGCAAACUUUAUCAAUGUUAAAGUUGACCGAGAAGAAAGGCCAGAUGUAGACAAAGUGUACAUGACUUUUGUUACGUCCUUGAGCGGGAGUGGUGGAUGGCCCAUGAGUGUGUGGCUGACUCCAGACCUGAAUCCUGUGUACGGUGGCACAUAUUUCCCACCCAACAACCGCUACUUCGGACAGCCGGGAUUCCCUCAGCUUCUUGUGUCUCUUGCUUCCCAGUGGCAAGAAAAUGAGGCCAAGUUUAAGGAAUCGGGCGUCAAAAUCAUGGAAGUGCUGGACAGAACUUCCCGCUUACCUGCUCCUGGUACCUCAAGUAUGCCUGGCGAAGAAGCUGUUGCCAAAUGCUUUGCCCAGCUGUCCAGUUCAUAUGAGCCACAUUAUGGAGGCUUCAGUGAGAGUCCCAAGUUUCCUCAGCCAUCCAACUUGAACUUCUUGUUUACCUACCACGCUCUACGUCCUCACCGUGAUGAUGCAAAGCGUGGUUUAGAAAUGGCGCUUCAUACGCUGACCAAAAUGGAUCGAGGAGGCAUUCAUGAUCACGUGGCUCAAGGUUUUGCCAGGUAUUCAACGGAUGAGAGAUGGCACGUCCCUCACUUUGAGAAGAUGCUUUAUGAUCAAGCCCAGCUGACCAUUUCCUACCUUGAUGCUUAUGUUGCUACGGGCAAUACCAAGUUCUCUGACGUAGUGCGGGACAUCCUGACCUAUGUGAUGAGAGACCUCAGCCAUCCAAGUGGAGGCUUUUACAGUGCCGAGGAUGCUGACUCUCUACCCACUGCUGAUGCCAAAGAGAAGCGUGAGGGGGCCUUCUGUGUGUGGACUCGUGAAGAGAUUACCCAGUUGUUGUCUGAGCCUGUGAGGGAAGGUCAUGAGAUGACCCUAGAUAAAGUUUUCUGCCAUCAUUACUCUGUUGUUAAAGGUGGUAAUGUGAACCCUUAUCAGGAUCCACAUGAUGAACUUAAGAACCAGAAUGUUCUUAUAGAACAUGGCACAGUUGAGGAAACUAGCCAAGAAUUUGAUUUGAGCCAAGAGGAAUGUGAGGCAGCACUUGCUAAAGCCAGGGAGAUACUGUACAAUGCCAGACAAAAGAGGCCGAGACCACACCUGGACGACAAGAUGCUUACAUCAUGGAAUGGUAUGAUGCUGGGAGCCAUGGUAAGAGCUGGUGCUGUCUUAGGAGAUAACACAUACAUACAGAGGGCAGUAAAAGCAGCUGAAUUUGUCAAGAGCUAUCUUUACAAGGAUGACAAGUUGCUCAGAGCUGCCUAUGCUGCUCCCAAUGAUGAAGUAUCUCUUGGGUCAAGUAUUGAAGGAUAUGCAGAUGAUUAUGCGUGGAUCAUUCGUGGUUUCAUUAACUUAUACGAGGCAACGCUGGACACAGAUUGGUUGGAGCUGGCGGAGGCUCUUCAAGACAAACAGAAUGAGUUGUUCUGGGACCCUCAAGGAAAUGGCUAUUAUAUGACACAAGCUGGAGAUGAGUCAAUCUUACUUCGAAUUAAAGAAGAUCAGGAUGGAGCAGAGCCGUCAGCCAAUUCAGUCUCUCUAGGUAACCUGAUACGUCUAAGUACCAUCCUGGAUCAUCCGGAGUAUCGUACCAAGGCAGAGGCCAUUUUCUGUUUGUUUUCUGACCGCCUUAAUAAGAUCCCCAUUGCUCUUCCCGAGAUGACAACUGCUCUCCUGCUUUACCAGCAGUCUCCUGUACAGAUUAUCCUGGCAGGAAAGAAUGGUAGCAAUUCUUUGAAGGAGAUGAUGCAUGUAAUCCACACAGAGCCAAUCCCAGAUCGUGUUUUCAUGCUGGCAGACGACAAUCAAGAGUCAUUUAUGUAUGCCCGCCACCCAUCCCUCAGCCGAUACCACCCAAAGGUGACAGAUGAAACUCUGGCAUAUGUGUGCAGGAACUUUAAGUGCCUGUUACCUGUCAACAACCCGGAUCAGCUGAGAGAAAUACUGAAGAAGAGCUCUGAAGCGAGCGGUCAGUAAGGCAGUGUUUGGUGUCAGAAUUAUAUCUCAUCGUUAUGGUAUACGUACAGUAUAUCUUUACAUGUAAAGUAUGGAGAGUUGCCAUCAGGUGAACCUAGUUAACCCACACAAAUAUAGAAAAUGGGCUAUUAGAUGAUGCUGAUGGUUUAAUCUAUUAAACAGUAGUCCAGCCUGAGCUUACACCCCAACCCUAACUUCCUGUCCUUGGAAUGUUGUUCAGUUAUUUUCCCUCACUGUGUAUGCAAGUAGUUCUUAAGUCUCAUGUUGUGUACAGUGUAUAUACAGUACAAGGUAAGUACCACACCCUUCAGUAAUUGGUUCCUCCACUGGAGUCAUUUUGAUGGGUGUAGAAAAUGAAGUACACUUACACUGUACUGUAUAUUAUUUAUUGUCAUUUUUAAUAUAAUAUCUAUUUAAUGGUGAUUAUAUAAAUUUAAAAUUACUUUUGCCUUUAUUUGAAAAUCAUAUAUUUGUUAAAGGUCAUAAUAAGUGUGUGUUUGGGUUGAAUUUCACCUUUGGGGGUUUCCAAGUUAGAAGUAUACUAGACAUAGCCAGUAAUUCUCAGUCGUGCUGAAACACACUAUAGUCUAAGUGCAGUCUUGUCGUUUAUAAUACCAUGACAUGUUUUUUCUUUACCAGUAGCUAUAGGAUUUACACCAUUGAAACAAUGACUUGGGUGAGGUAAAUCUUCUGGUGUUUAUCAGAGAUUUUAUGUACAGUAGUUCUUUCAUCUUGAGCAGCUGUAUCAUUGUGAGCCUUAUAUCAACACUCCCACACUUCUCUAAUAAAACAGUUCAGUCAGUGUCCAGAGUGAAACACUCACAAUAUGCAUUAAUAUUUCAAGUGUCACAGUAUAAGCACUAUAAAAUUGCUUGAUAAAUUGUCAUUAAUAUAUACUAGAGGCAUGAUUAUCAGGUGCCCCAUGAUGUGAAAGGAGGAUGACCUUGACUUAGUUGGUAACAAUAUGGUUCCUGAUUCUCAAAGGUUCUUAAGCCUAUUUUGCCACAACUGUAAGUGUCCGAAUAUCCAGUCUAUCUAACUGGUCCACUAAACAACAUCACACAGUCUAAAAUACUCUUAAAAUUGAUGGAAGUCUUAAGUAAAUAGACUUCAUGUAUCAAGGUACAGGUAUCCCCAAAUAUUAUAAAAAAUAACAAACCAUUCUUUGAAGAUUUACUCAAUGGUCUUUUGAUGCAAGUUGUACCAGUUGGGUCAUUGGUCUGGGAGGGUUGGAGGGGCAUUACCACCUGUGUUUCACAUCACUGUCAUGUCUAGGCAAAGUUAACAGUUCUUAAUGAGAGUUGUUAACCACCAAACAUGAGGAAGAUGGUGAAGUUUUAGCCAGCAUGAUACAGUGGAGUUAUUGUGUUACUGUGAUGACCCUUUACAUAUAUUAAUGGUAGUUAUAGUUUGUGGCAUCAUCUGAUUAAUAAUUAAGACUCAACAUCUCAAGACAGUCCUGUAUGGCACAUGUCACGAGAUAUCUUCUUCAUAUUUCCCCACAGACAUUUGGUUAAGGUGUAGAAAAAUAAAACAGGCUUUUGAAGUGAAAUACUAGUGAAUUUUCAGAGAAUUGCUUAAACAGGAGACAAAGUAAAGGCUGAUGGUGAUGAGGACUUGCUAAGGUACUUGUUCUGUCUCCACUUGGGUAUUGUUGUUCUCUGCGUAAAAAAUACCUGAGAUUAAAAAUGUUACGUCAAAUAGUCAUCCUAUGUUAUUUUGUAUAUUUAAAGCAAGUAACAAAAAUGUCUAGGCACUAUUCAAAAGUUAAUUGUUGUAGACUCAGUUUACCUUACAUCUAUUUGCAUUGGGGUUAGGUUCCUGAGAACCCAGUCACUGGUCAAAAUAGUGUAAAUCAAGUUCAUUAUAACAUGGUGGUUCAACGGGAUAGGUUCCUGGUCAGUCAAACACCCAUAUGUAUAACAGUAAAAAAAAUCCUAAAAUAUUACUUGCACUUACAACACAAUUAAAAAACAUUCAUCACAUCAUUAAGAACAAGCUUGGGCAUCAUUACAUGUCCUCUUCGAGGCUAAGGGGACUCAUGAAGGUGGAGUGGAGAUGUCACUCUGACUGUCACACAGCCUUUGGGGUGUCUCAUAUUGCUUCACCUUCAUAGACACGGUUUUCCUGAGUGCCUUGGCCAUUCCAGACAUUUUCAAAGUUACACUGCUUACUUCACAGUCAUUAAAGCAGAGAAAAGCACUUCACAGUCACAGCAAAAGCACUUCACAGUCACUAAAACAGAGAAAAGAACUUCACAGUACAUGUAUCGUACCUAUAUAGUACAAUUCACUGUGAAACUUUGUAAUUCCCUGUAUUGUGUGGGGCCACACAACUCUUAGUCAUGAGAUAGUCCAGGAGCUUAUAGUUAAAAAUACAGGGGGUCCCUGGGUUACGAACGGGUUCCAUCCCUGAGGACGUUCUUAAGUUGGAUUUACACCUAAGUCGGAAAACAUGCUAUGUGCAUCCCGUACUUACCGAACAAUGUUUAAAAUCUCACUGUAUCAUACCUUAAGUCCUUAUAUAGAUCUAAAGUCACUUAACUUAAGACAAAAGAAGAAAUAUAAUGACAAAAUACAGUAAAUGAAAGUAAAAAUAAAGUCAUCAUGUAAAUAAAAUACUGUAAAUUUCAAGUUUAACCCUGUUUGUAUCGACGGGCGUUCAUAAGUUGAGAACCUCCUGUACUCAAGUGCGUUUUAUGUAACCAGUGGUUCCUGCUAUCACAGUGUAAUGAAUAGUGUAACACAUGAAUGAUGUAAUAACUUCUAAAUUCAGAAAAUUUCGGGCAUAAAUUUUGUUGUGUUAGAAUUGUAUGUAAACUAUAAUUUAUCUAUAAUUAUCAUUUAGGACUGACAUUUUUUUCUUGUAAUUGUUUAAAAUUGUUAACCGUACUGCACGUUAAUAGAUUAUGAUAUUUAUUUAUGGUUACCAAUUUAUCUACAUACAGUACAUUUUUUAUAUAUAUUGAACAUGGAGUUAUAAAUAGUGAAUGGAAUAGGUGAAGAAAUGGUAAGUGCAGUGGACGUAAUGGAAAAAAUUAUUAUGAUGCUCACUGACCAUAUUUUACUUACCGUAGUUACAUCGUCUCACUGUUAUUCCCCACUACUGUAUAUAUAUAUAUUUAUAACAAGUGCAGAGUAGUUUAUGCUGCACCUGUAGUCAUAGUUGUUAUUGGUAUUAAGAAAUGUUAACCAUUGUAACAGUUAUUUAUCGGCCAUAUCUCAUUAAUCCAUUUCUUAUUUUAGAUGUGGAACCAUUAUGCACUUCAGGUGAGCUGUGUUGUCUUCACUCUAAACCUUGUUGAUACCUUCCUAGGAUAUUCUCUUUCUCACCUGUUUUUCUUCUCUGUUUAUGCAAGAAGUUUCAGGUAAAUUGCUGUACAGUAUAUGUUUGCCUCAGUAUGAAGGAGAGUGAAGUACCAAGGUAAAAAAAAGUGUAGUACGAAGGAAUGGCCACUCCAACCAUCCAGUCCUUCGGUACGACAAAUAUCAUGUCUACCUAAUUGCUGACGUUAUUAUCAUAAUCUCAGCUUUAUCAUUAAGACGACAGAUCUUUUAUUUUUAUACAGUAUAUAUAUAUAUAUAUGUAUACAUAGAUAUAUACUCACAGUUCAUUUGAUUGAUACGAAUUUCUGCCUCACAUUCUAAGGGAUUAGUGAAGAUGUUGACCAGGAUGGUGUGGUUUUAGCUCACCACCCUGGCUUCUACAUUGACAUUAUUGCCAGGCUUAGUUCAUUGGCUUUUAACUAGAGGAAUGUUUAUAUCAACUCAGUGUUUAUUUUAAUUAAACCCUAAUUUAAAUUAUAAAAAUUCCUCCUCCAUGACCUUACCGGUGAUUACCGUAAGAUACUGCACUUUAAGUCUGUUUAAUUUCCUUUUAAAACAAAAUUUCACAUAAUCUUAGUUGCUAAUUUAGGAUCCAUGAGUUGUGGUUACAUGUAAUUUUUGUGUGAGGGUGAAUGUUGCUGAUGAUUUAUAUAAUUGUAAUGUAUAUAUUUUAAGGUAAGUUUAGUUUGAAUUAAUGUAACUAUUAUUUAAUAGGAUCACCUGAAGAUUAAGCACCCCAGCAUAUUUCAACAGAUGAUUAAACACUCUUAAUUUAAACCCCUGGGUAGCAAGAUGAACCAUACUCAAGUCCCUAAUCUUCAGGGGAACCAUUUAAUGUUAUUUUCUUUGUAUAGUUAAUGAUUAUAACAGAAUUAGUGUGUUGUGUCAUUUGAAAAUAUGAUUCUCUUACAUCUACCUAAACAUUGAGAGCAUUAUGAUUUACUGUUGUAUAAUUCUUAUCAUAUCAUAGUUUUCUUUAUUACCAAUAACCUCUGGAUAUUGUAUUAUAACCCAGGAUAGAAUAUAAGAAUAAAUUAUGGAGGCUCUGAUGGAUUAUGGGUAUAUUAAACUGUAUUGUAUUUGGAGAAUAGAUGAUGAUGUAUGGUUGACUUUAUGUCUUGAAACUGUCCAAGAUUAUGCAAGUUGUUUUUCAUUACCAAAAUUGUUUAUUAGGUUUAUACACAAAAUUUGUUAGAAAUGUUGUAUGGUGAUAAAAUUGUUACAUAGAAAACUCCAUAUUUAUGAAU